CCCCCCAGGUCCCAUUCCCAAACCCUCCAGGCCCCCCUGUCCCAGCAUCGCAAGAAGCGCGGCAAUGCCGCCGACAAUGGACUCGUCGGAGUCGAAGGACGGGAUUGAGGCAGGGGUGAAUUCCCCGUCUCUCCCCUUGCGACGCCGCGCUCAGUCCCCGCGUCGUGAGCUCGGUCGAGUGUCGCCGGCGAGGAGGUUGACGAUGUCUCGCGGCGAGCUGAACCGCAAGCACGAUGACGCCUCUUCUUCCGGCGGAGGAGCGGGCGCUGCGCCGCGGGGGAAAGGAGACGAGACGAAGGUUCUCGGCGGCUUCGCCGGCUCCAAGAACGACGGGGAGGACCUUCUCACGGGGCGGAGGUGCUUGGCGGCGAAGGGCUUCAAGAACGACGGCGCGGAGUUUCUCGGCACGGAGCGGAUUUUCUUGGCGGCGAAGGGCUCCAGGAACGACGGGGCGGAGGCGGAGGCGGAGGAGGUGCUUGGCGCCUUCGCCGGCUCGAAGAUGGCAAACACAGCGGCCGCGGCGGCCGCGGAGAGAAUCGAUGGGGCGGGUCUUGGCGCCUUGGCCGAGAAGGCCGCGGCUGCCUUCUUCGACGCCACUCCGGCCGUCCCGCAUGCUGUCACCCUAACCGAAAAGAGGAGGCUGCCCUCUCCUUCAAUGGCGAGAGCGUCGGUGUCAAGUGCGACAUCUCAUUCUAAUGCGCCCCAAUCUUCUAAGCGUGGUAGAACUUCAAGGUGUUCCGGAUACCACCGCUCUAUUGAAUCCAAGGGUCUGAAGGUAAACGAGCUGAACGAUGUUGCUGAAGUGACAGAAAAUGAUUCGGGCGUUGAUCUAGUACGGAAACAGGGCGUGGAAACAGACCAAUGGACUGCACAGAAGGCAGCAAAGACCAACGAUACCACCAAUGUUACUUCAAAGGGCUUGGGUGCAAGUUCUGGAAAAUCUGAAGCUGUAACAAUACCUCAUACUUUAUGCGAAAGAGCAACAACAGAGUUAGUUGAGACAAAAAAAAUAUACGACGUAAACUCUGUUCAAAACUGGUUGCUCGAGAGGGAAUCGGAAUCAGAUGAAAAUUAUUUCAUGAGAAUUGGUACUGGUGAUGAGAAGAAAGUAUGGCAAAGAACAGUCAGAGCUUGCCCAAAUGUAUUUGGUCAGAAAUUUUCAGGAAGAAGAUUGACUUCACUAAAGAUGGCAACCAACAAUGAGGACAUCAGGUUUCUGUGUCAGGAGAUGAAGACGACUGGAUUAACAUUGGACAUGAGAGAAAUUGAUUCCCCAAGCAUGCAGGUUCUUUCCAAGAUUACAAAAUUCCUUUGCAGGAAUUGUUUGUCAAGAGAUGAAAAAGCGGACAAAAUAGCCCUAGAGAUGCUUCGUGAAGCGGUAAAAGAUAUUACAGAUGUUGAAGCAAUAGGAGACAUACCUGGCUUUAUUGCCACUGUAGUGCUCAGAAGCUACUUUGGAAAUGCAGAAUCUCAGAGGUUAGCUCUUCACAUCCUUAUCCUAUUGUCCAGGAGGCAUCAGAAUAAAUUGAAGAUUAUACGGCUUGGUGGUUUUGGCUCUGCACUGUGGCAUGUGUCACAGCAGCAUGCCAUGAUGGGAUGCCGGCUCAUGGCUUCCCUCAUGGAUGCAGAAGAAGGUCUCAUGAAAUUCAUUAAAGAUGAGGUUUCAGUUGAAGUUGUGAACCUCACAGUGAAGACCGGUAAUGUGACCACAUGGAUCAGUGGGGUUAUUGAGGGAUUAAGAGAUUUCCCCCUCGGCGAGACAAAGUUUUUAGAAGCUGUGGGUAGUUUACCCCCCGAAGAAGUUUUUGUUCAGCAAAGACUGACUUGGUGCUUACUUGAUUUCGUUGAGCAAAAUGAGAAGUACUGUCUGGAAGAUACCUUAGAAGAUUAGAGUUACUAGCAUGGCCGCCAGCACUGGUUGUGUGUUGUGAGAAGUUACAAAUUAAGAUGGGUGAUGCUGAUUAAUCUGUUUCUCUUGGACCCUCUGAUUUGUUGCGACAGAAAACCGAUUAUUCUUGUGUAUACAAUAAAUAGAUGUAUAUUACCUUUGCUUUGGAUAGUCAGGAAGUUGCAACCUGCACCUUGCCACAGUGAUGAUAUGAUAUGUAAAGGGAGAUAUGGAUUUUUGAACCUUGCUGAGAUAUCUGGUGUUUCUUUGUUGAUCUCACUGGUUGCAUGUUUGUCAGCAUGUGCAUGUGUGUGCAGAUACUGAAACCAUGAACUAUGGGUAUUACCUUAGGAAGUGAAUGGAGGCUAUACUAUUUCUGGAAUUUGGUGUGCAAGAGAACACAUGGUUUUGUUAUUCCAUUAAUAUAUAAGAAAUCAAAUAUGAUACUUGAGCUGAUGCGGUUGUGUCGGUGGUUGAAAUCUGUGAGGCUUGUUCAGACUCGAAAUGGUUGUCUGGUUGAAAUCUGGGAGGAUGUUCAGUACUCUGAAAUGGUAGGACAAGCAUGGUAUUACUUUAUGAAAUGAAUAGGGAAUGCAAUAUUUCUGGAAUUUGACAUGUAACCGUACAAAUAAUUUAGUCAUUUGAGAAAUAUAUAUACAAUUCAUAGACCGGAUCUGAGUUGAGUGA